UACGAGUCUCACUUGCACGCUCGUCCGGUGGUAACCAAAAUGUUUACUGGGAGUCUUCUUUGGGGGAUUGGCGAUGCCGUGGCGCAAAUCGUUCCCUUCCUGUCCGCCGGAAAAGACAGUGUUGAUGGAGUCACUGCCUUUACCUACGAUUGGCCCCGCACGACACGGGCCGCCUUUUUUGGAUUCGCCAUACACGCACCACUCUCUCACUUGCACUUUAACUUUCUGGAAUGGAUGACUAUCCGCCUCAAAGUACAGGGGCUCGCCAUUCCCAUAUUCAAAGCGUUUAUGGAGCAGUUCGUCUACUGGAGCUGGUUUUCCAAUUCCCUCUACCACGGCGCCAUGGGCGCUAUGCAGGGACAAAAUGCGUCCCAGAUCUACGAUCGGAUUGCCAACGUUUUAUGGGAAACGCAACUGGCGCAGUGGAAAUUUUGGAUUCCGAUUCAACUCGUCAACUUUCAAUUUACCCCGGUACGGCAUCAACUCAACGUCGUGUUGGUCACGAGUAUUGCUUGGACGGCGCUCCUGUCG